AUGAAUCAGGACCUGGCCGAGUGCAAGGGUGAUCAUGGUCUGGCUGAGCAUGCUAUGAAUCAGGACCCGGCCAAGUGUGAGGAUGAUCGCGGUCUGGCUGAGCAUGCUAUUAAUCAGGACCUGGUCGAGUGCGAGGAUGAGGAUGAUCGCGGUCUGGCUGAGCAUGCUAUUAAUCAGGACCUGGCUGAGUGCGAGGAUGAUCGCGGUCUGGCUGAGCAUGCUAUGAAUCAGGACCUGGCCGAGUGCAAGGAUGAUCAUGGUCUGGCUGAGCAUGCUAUGAAUCAGGACCUGGCCGAGUGCAAGGAUGAUCGCGGUCUGGCUGAGCAUGCUAUGAAUCAGGACCUGGCCGAGUGCGAGGAUGAUCGCGGUCUGGCUGAGCAUGCUAUGAAUCAGGACCUGGCCGAGUGCGAGGAUGAUCGCGGUCUGGCUGAGCAUGCUAUUAAUCAGGACCUGGCCGAGUGCGAGGAUGAUCGCGGUCUGGCUGAGCAUGCUAUGAAUCAGGACCUGGCCGAGUGCAAGGAUGAUCAUGGUCUGGCUGAGCAUGCUAUGAAUCAGGACCCGGCCGAGUGCGAGGAUGAUCGCGGUCUGGCUGAGCAUGCUAUGAAUCAGGACCUGGCCGAGUGCAAGGAUGAUCGCAGUCUGGCUGGGCAUGCUAUGAAUCAGGACCCGGCCAAGUGCGAGGAUGAUCGCGGUCUGGCUGAGCAUGCUAUGAAUCAGGACCUGGCCGAGUGCGAGGAUGAUCAUGGUCUGGCUGAGCAUGCUAUGAAUCAGGACCUGCCUGAGUGCGAGGAUGAUCAUGGUCUGGCUGAGCAUGCUAUGAAUCAGGACCUGGCCGAGUGCGAGGAUGAUCGUGGUCUGGCUGAGCAUGCUAUGAAUCAGGACCUGGCCGAGUGCGAGGAUGAUCAUGGUCUGGCUGAGCAUGCUAUGAAUCAGGACCUGGCUGAGUGCGAGGAUGAUUGCGAUUUGGUUGUGUGCUCGGUUUUAUUUUGUAUUUAUGGAAGUGAACAUGGUUUGUACUUGACAGUGAGGAGCAGGGGCCAGAGGGCUUGGAGAAAAAUGAACAAGCAUGAUGAGAAGGAUCAAGCCAUAAUUCUGGGUUUUAUUGAGUUUUAG